UACAAUAUUAGUUAUAAAAAAAUCAAUCAUUACCGUACCUUGUAAGCGGGCUCAAAAGAUGGGAGAGACGAGGGGGAAAAGGGCUAGAGUAGACGAGGACUGCGCAGUGGAGGAGGCAGAGGCAGAGGCGAGAGAGAUGGAGAUGGAGGCGGAAGAAGAGACAUUGUAGGCGGCGAGAGAGAGAGAGAGAGAGAGAGAGAGACGGACUAGACUAGGCGCGAUUGCCUUGUUGUUGGGUCGUCAAGCCCGAUGACCAUCGCAGGAGGAGGAGAGGGGAUCCCUCUCGAUCGCCGCCGCCUCCAUUCUCUUUAUAUCCGCCGCGCUCCCCGCUGCCUCCACCUCUCUCCUCCUCCGCCGCCCCUCCCCGCCCCGUUUAUAGAUGAAUGCUAAUGGAGGUUGCCAAUGCCAUGGAUGCCAUCACCAAGGAGACCGUCGACCUGGAGCACAUCCCUGUGGAGGAGGUGUUGGAUCACCUAAAAUGCACGCGCGAGGGUCUCACCUCCGAGGUUGCCCAGCAGAGGAUCCACUCCUUCGGCUACAACAAGCUCGAGGAGAAGCAGGAAAGCAAACUGCUCAAGUUCCUCGGCUUUAUGUGGAACCCGCUUUCCUGGGUCAUGGAGGCGGCAGCCAUCAUGGCUAUCGCCCUCGCACACGGAGGAAGAGAUGCCAGGGGAAAGAGAAUGCGCAUAGACUACCACGACUUCGUUGGAAUUGUACUGCUACUCUUUAUCAACUCUACCAUUAGCUUCAUGGAGGAAAAUAACGCUGGCAAUGCUGCCGCUGCACUGAUGGCUCGCCUGGCACCAAAAGCUAAGGUUUUACGUGAUGGAACCUGGGAUGAAUUAGAUGCAUCCUUGUUGGUUCCGGGCGAUAUAAUCAGCGUAAAACUCGGGGACAUCAUUCCUGCAGAUGCACGCCUUCUCGAGGGAGAUCCGCUCAAGAUUGAUCAGUCUGCACUUACGGGUGAAUCGCUACCUGUAACUAAGCAUCCUGGAGAUGGAAUUUACUCUGGUUCAACCUGUAAGCAAGGUGAAAUAGAAGCAGUUGUUAUUGCCACUGGAAUUCAUACUUUCUUUGGAAAAGCAGCCCAUCUCGUUGAAUCAACUACUCACGUUGGUCACUUUCAAAAGGUUCUGACUUCGAUUGGGAACUUCUGUAUUUGUUCAAUUGCUGCUGGAAUGGUUAUUGAGUUACUUGUAAUGUACGCUGUUCAUGAAAGGAAAUACCGCCAGAUUGUUGAUAAUCUUCUUGUGCUUCUUAUUGGUGGGAUUCCAAUCGCCAUGCCUACAGUUCUUUCUGUUACUAUGGCCAUUGGAUCACACAAACUGGCACAGCAGGGUGCUAUUACCAAGAGAAUGACAGCAAUAGAGGAAAUGGCUGGAAUGGAUGUCCUUUGUAGUGACAAGACUGGAACAUUGACACUCAACAAACUGAGUGUUGACAAAAAUUUAAUUGAGGUUUUUGAAAAAGGCAUUGAGAAGGACGAUGUUGUAUUGAUGGCUGCAAGGGCUUCAAGAUUGGAAAAUCAAGAUGCUAUUGAUUUUGCUAUUGUUUCCAUGUUACCAGAUCCAAAAGAGGCGCGAGCUGGCAUUCAAGAAGUUCAUUUCCUUCCAUUUAACCCAACAGAUAAAAGGACAGCUCUCACAUACUUAGAUGCUGAGGGUAAAAUGCACAGGGUUAGCAAAGGUGCUCCUGAACAGAUCUUGAACUUGGCAUCAAAUAAAUGUGAGAUUGAAAGAAAGGUCCAUCAUGUAAUUGGAAAUUUUGCUGAGAGAGGGCUUCGGUCGCUCGCUGUUGCCUAUCAGGAAGUACCUGAAGGGACAAAGGAAAGUCCAGGUGGACCUUGGCAAUUCGUUGGUCUUCUCCCACUCUUUGAUCCUCCUCGUCAUGAUAGUGCUGAAACCAUACGCAGAGCUCUUGACCUUGGAGUUAGUGUAAAAAUGAUCACAGGUGAUCAGUUGGCUAUUGGUAAGGAGACAGGCCGGAGGUUAGGAAUGGGCACAAACAUGUACCCUUCUUCAUCUUUGCUGGGUGACAGAAAAGAUGGUGAUAUCGCUGUCCUACCAGUGGACGAGCUGAUUGAGCAAGCAGACGGAUUUGCUGGAGUAUUCCCAGAGCACAAAUAUGAAAUUGUGCAGAGGCUGCAAGCUAGAAAGCACAUAUGUGGGAUGACUGGAGAUGGAGUUAAUGAUGCACCUGCACUGAAGAAAGCAGACAUUGGGAUUGCUGUGGCUGAUGCAACGGAUGCUGCUAGAAGUGCCUCUGACAUAGUUCUGACGGAACCUGGAUUGAGUGUCAUUAUCAGUGCUGUGUUGACCAGCCGGGCAAUUUUCCAAAGAAUGAAAAAUUAUACGAUAUACGCUGUAUCUAUAACUGUACGUAUUGUGCUUGGUUUUUUGCUCUUGGCAUGCUUUUGGAAAUUUGAUUUUCCUCCAUUUUUGGUUCUUGUGAUAGCUAUUCUUAAUGAUGGAACCAUAAUGACUAUAUCCAAAGAUAAGGUUAAACCAUCUCCCUAUCCAGACAGUUGGAAGCUAACAGAGAUAUUUGCAACUGGAGUGAUUAUUGGGGCUUAUCUGGCUGUAACCACUGUGUUGUUCUUUUGGGCAGCCUACAAGACACAGUUUUUUGUGCACCUUUUCAAUGUAGACACUCUGAACAUAAACAAGGUUGACACCACAGACAAUGAAUUGGUGGCAAGGAACACAGAGAAAUUGGCUUCUGCAGUUUACCUUCAAGUGAGCACCAUUAGUCAGGCUUUGAUAUUUGUUACACGUUCCAGAGGUUGGUCCUUCUUAGAGAGACCUGGCCUCCUGCUUAUGGCUGCAUUUGUCAUAGCUCAGCUGAUUGCCACUGUGUUAGCUGCCAUUGCCACCUGGGAGGUUGCUAGCAUCAGAGGUAUCGGUUGGCGCUGGGCAGGGGCUAUUUGGGUGUACAACAUUGUUGUCUACCUUUUGCUAGACCCAAUGAAAUUCGCCGUGCGAUAUGGCCUUAGUGGGAAAGCCUGGAACCUUGUCAUUGAUAACAAGGUAGCUUUUACAAACCGGAAAGAUUUCGGAAGGGAAGCUCGCGUGGUUGCUUGGGCACACGAGCAGCGCACACUACACGGGCUGCAGUCUGCUGCAAGCCGGGAGAAAGCUGCAUCAACGGAGCUCAACCAAAUGGCUGAAGAGGCCAGACGGCGUGCUGAGAUUACAAGGUUGAGGGAAUUGCACACUCUGAAAGGAAAGGUGGAAUCUGUGGCUAAACUGAAAGGAAUCGACUUGGAGGAUGUCAACAAUCAACACUACACUGUUUAACCUACAACACGACAAUGCAUUAUGCAUUAUGCCAUCUCUGAACAUCGAUCUGACUCCCUAGACAGUAGUAUUGUUUAGUAUUUUCCUUUCCCAUCCCAUUUGGUUUAUUGCAUGUGGAUCGAACAUUUACUCUCCUCGUAAUAAAGUUGGAUUUAUUGUACCUCACUCAGAUCUUUGCAUGUACUACUAUACUACUAGUAGUAGUCCAUGAGACCAUGAGGCAGGUAACGUUGACA